AUGUAAGAUACUCUUAAUAACAAUUUCUAGCAAGUUCACUUUAAAACUUUGGAUGAUUUCAGAGACUCAGGCGUUGCAGAAAGAACCAUCUAAACACGUUACCAGCAUUAUAUAUAAAAAAGAAAUCAUGCUUUAGGUCUUAUCUAAAUAAGGUUGGCUGAUUCUGAAUCUAUCAAAAGAGCUAUGAAAAACAGGGAGAGCUAGAAUAAUAGUUUAAUCUAGAGUAAGAUGAUGAUGAGAAAAUCCCAAUAAACUGCCUCCAUGAGUACAGCAUAGCAUACAAAUAACAACAUGCAAACUAUGACUUCAAAUGGCUUCUCUUAGGAAUCUAAGAGAAAAAAUAAGUUGCUGAGUCUUAGUUUUGCAAUCCAUGAUUCUAACUUCGUUACUCAGUAUUAGCCUAUUGCAAUGAAUGAAAGCUUCUAAAAAUCUAAUGAUCUCUAACAAUCUUAGAGGAGAUAUGCCGCUAAUACUAAUAUACAUGGAUAAAGAUUGGCAGUAGACAGUUUUGGUUCUUUUGGAAGGAAUCUUAUAUAGCCCAAAUUAUCCUCUAUCAGUAUGGCUAGAAAUUUGUAGCCUAUCUAGUAGCAUCACUAAGAUGAUAGAGAUGUAAGAGUCAGAAAAAUAGCUGCAAGAAAUACCAAUUUAGAUUUUAGCAAAAUUAUGUAAAUGAAACUUGAAAAAGAAGAAUAGCAAAGAAUUUUAUGGCAGUAAAAAAAUGAAAAUUUAUAAUCAAAGUUUUAGCAAGAGCUAAUAAAAUUCAAAGAUAAGAUAUAAUAAAGAAAACUAAGACUUAAAAAAUAUGAGGAUAAAAUCAAAGAUGUAAAAGCAAUUAAUGAAUAUAAAUUCUAAAAAGUUGAGUCGAAGAGAUAGCUAUAUAAAUAGAAUUAUCUCAACAUGUCUCUAGAUAGGGAAAGAGAAAACUAAGGAAAGCAUCUUAAGUUUUUUGAAGAAUCAAAGAGUAUUCUGCAGAAAAAUGAGAAAAGGUUGAAUGAAAGCCGUAAGCAGCUAUCUAUUUAAAGACUAUCCAGAGCAUAAUCUAAAAAUAGAAUGAGAUCCAACUACGAUACUAUUAGUAAUAGAAGUAAAUUGAGUAGUAGAGGAAAUUAAAGAAGAGAUGAAGUGAUUAAUCGUAAAAUUUAGAGUGCAAAGAACUAUUCCUAAAAACAGAUGGAUGGUUAUCAAAGAUUCUCAGAGUAUAUAAAUGAUCUAAACCAGAGUAAUUUCGAGAGAGUUGUUUUAAAAACAAAUAAGCUACUGUAAAAGUAGAAAAACAAGUCGAAGACACUUGAAGAAAAGGGAUCGAGAUUGAAGCAUCACAAUACCUCGAGAUUAGAUCAAUUCAAGGCAGCUCACAAAGAUCUGAAGCACAAGCUAGAUCAAAAGCAUUAAGAGCUACUUUAAACCCAUGAAAAACAAAGUGACAAUGUCUAACUUACCAAAAGCAUUUUAAGCGAAUUUAGAAUGCAAAAGAAAGAUAUGGUUAACUUGAAGCAAUAAGAUUUCUUAAGAAACAGUCAGAUAGAAAGGAGAAGAUUAAAUGAAUUCCAAGAAAAAGUUCUACUUAAAUAAAAAGACAAAUCAAGUCAUGUAUCCUCAAUGAGAGAAAAAUCAGGUGAUCUUUACAAUGUUAGGGUACAAAAUAACAGUUUAAAAAGGAACUAGUAUUCAUUGAAAAACUAGUUUAUACAAUUUCAUAACACUCUAGGUAAUUUACAGUUUGGAUUUACUGAUAUAAUUUCUAAGAGUAGCAGGGUAAAAAAGAAUAAAGAUUUAGUCCUUGAUUCAACCCAACCUGAAAAAUGA